UCUAUAAAAACACACACACAGUCUCACAUCGCACAACCAUCUGAGACUUUACCUUUGUACAUUCAUCCUAAUUCAUCUUUUUCCUAAAAAAUGGGUGUCUACUUAACUAAAAUCAUGGCUCUUCUGUUUGAGAAAGAGCCAGUGAGGUUGCUUAUGGUUGGUCUGGAUUCAGCAGGAAAGACCACAGUGCUCUACAAACUCAAACUUGGUGAAGUUGUCUCAACCAUUCCAACUAUUGGUUUUAAUGUGGAGACAGUUGAGUAUAAGAACAUCUCCUUCACUGUUUGGGAUGUUGGUGGUCAGACCAAAAUUCGAAAUCUCUGGAAACAUUACUAUCAGAACUCUAGGGGUUUGAUUUUUGUGGUGGACAGCAAUGAUCGUGAGAGAAUCGAGGAAGCAGCAGAAGAACUCAAUUUGAUGCUCCAAGAGGAUGAGAUGAGAGAUGUCGUUGUGCUUGUACUCGCUAACAAGCAGGAUUUACCCCAAGUCAUGACAGUUCCUGAGCUGACAGACAAAUUGGGUUUACAUGCACUCAAAAACAGACAGUGGUACAUUCAGUCAACAUGUGCAGUUCAAGGAACAGGUUUAUAUGAAGGACUGGAUUGGCUCUCUGAUCAGAUGACCAAACGAUAACAAUGUGAAACUUGAUUUUCUGCUGUUAGUGGCUUGAAUUGAAUGUGAUGCACAAGAUAAAUACUUUAAAACAGAAUGAUAUAUUAUGCACUUUUAUUGUGUCCUGAUACUGUGUAAAGUAUGUUGUUAAUACACUACUGUGUCAUUUUAAUGUAUAUAUUUUGCUAUAUUUAAUGUUUUGCCUGUGUUAAUAGGCCAUGUAUUUUAUAUGUACUCUGCAAAAAAGCUAAAACAUUUUUCUAAAUGUCAAGACAAAUAAUGUCUUAAAUAUUAAUAUACUGUUUAUUAUACAUUUGUUACAAAACACUUUAACUUCAUAAUAAUUACAGAGCAGAAAACUAAAAUUGUAUGAGAAAUACUCAGGGUUUUGUAAAUGAUAGAUAAAGUGGACAAUUGAGUAAUGCUUUACUAUAUCAUGAUUCAAUUUAUACCCAAUAUUUUGUUAUAAGCUAUCUGUAUUGUUCAUUUUAAGAUAUUUAUAUUCUUUUAAUUAUUUUGAUAUGUUAUUAAUUCUACUACUGUAUUUUGUGCAUUGUUAAAGCACACGUUAUGUGUCAUUUGACAUGUUUUAGUUCUUAUGGGCUUUAUAGUGUCUGCCUGGAAUAUACAAAUUGUUACAAUA